GUCCAUAGCAACUUAUUGUGAGAUGAUUUGACCGAGUCGGAGAUUUCUUGUUUCCAGCCGGAAUCGCCCCGUGUGCGCUCCUUUCUGUUUCCGUGUCUGGGCGGAGAGCAGCGGUGUGAUUUCACAGGAGAAACUUGUGUCUCUGUCAAAAUGCAGGACCCGAACGAAGACACAGAGUGGAACGACAUCCUGAGGAGGAAAGGCAUUCUUCCUCCAAAAGAGACUCCCAAAGACGAUGAGGAGGAGGAGGAGGAGCUGGCCCGCCAACAGCAGUCUGUCGUUAAAACAUACGAGAGCAUGACACUGGAUGAGUUGGAGGAGAACGAGGAUGAGUUUGGUGAGGAAGACGAGGCCGCCAUCGAGAUGUACAGACAGCAGCGUCUGGCAGAGUGGAAGGCGACGCAGAUAAAGAACGUGUUCAAGGAGGUGGUGGAGAUCUCCGGCAUAGACUAUAUCAAGGAGGUGAACAAGGCUGGAGAAGGCAUCUGGGUGGUGCUGCACCUCUACAAACAGGGCAUCCCUCUGUGCACGCUCAUCAACCAGCACCUGAGCGCCUUGGCCAGGAAGUUCCCGCAGACCAAGUUCCUCAAGUCCAUCUCCACCACCUGCAUCCCCAACUACCCCGACCGCAACCUGCCCACCAUCUUCGUCUACUUCGAGGGGGAGAUGAAGGCCCAGUUCAUCGGCCCGCUGGUCUUCGGGGGCAUGAACCUCAAAUUGGAAGAGCUGGAGUGGAGGUUAUCAGAAUCUGGUGCAGUGAAGACGGACCUGGAGGAAAAUCCGAAGAAGCAGAUCGAAGACAAGCUGAUGUCGUCGAUCAGAAGUUCGCUCCCAACGCGAAAAGACAGUGACUCUGAGGACGAGGACUAUUAGAAAUAAAAAUUUAAACAAAAAUGCCUGUCACUCCGAACCACAAGGACCAUGUAUGUGGCUGCUGCUAUGUGGGGAAACACUCAACACCUUGAAACAUUUGAUGAUACUUUGGGCAGUGAUGGCAUCUCCUUUUAUAUGAGCAGGUAUAUUUCAUAAUUUUCAAUCAUGUCGGUGGCGCCAUCAUGCAGGGAUCAAUCCUGCUCCAGGGAACUUGGACAGGACAAAAUCAAACCUUCAGUACGACCUUGUUGUUGUUGCCUUUUUUGUCAUUUUAAUAACGUCCAACUACAUCUUCAAUCUUUUACAAAAGCAUCAAAGACAAAUUUCAACUUUUUUUUAUUAUUAUUACUAUUAUGCCUCAUGAUAAUUUUGUCACAAAAUGUAAAUGUACAUUUCAACCUGUAGAAUUAAAUGUGAGUUCACCUCUUUGCCACAAUAA